CUGAGGCCCCGCCCCUUCCGCUCGCAGGCCUGACCUUCCGUCGCUGGGCAGCCGGCUGAUCCGACAUUGGCGGUGUCCUCGCGAUUCGGACCGACGAGCGCCUCCCUCGCGACAUCAUGGUGGCGUAUUGGCGACAGGCUGGGCUCAGCUACAUCCGCUACUCCCAGAUUUGUGCAAAAGCAGUAAGGGAUGCAAUGAAGAUUGAAUUCAAAGCAAAUGCCGAGAAGACAUCUGGGCACAGCGUAAAAAUUGUAAAAGUGAAAAAGGAAUAAUCUACCCUGACUAACACUUGAAAUGCUGCAUUCCCAAGGUGAAGACCUGUGGGCAGCGUUGUGGCAGCUCCAUCCGGGGGAAAAAUGCCUGUCUUGUUCACAGAUUGACAGUGCCAAUAAAUGGAAGUAUGGUUCA